AUGGUGCCUACAGUGACUAUGCCUCAUGCACAGGGCCAAACACAACUUUCAGUUAUGCGGCUAAUCAAAGGGCUAAAGAAAGGAGAGCCAACAUUCAUGGCAACCAUUGUAAGUUUGGAGGAAUACAAGGGUCUCCAGGAGACACUGCCGCCUUGCAUAGAGAAGUUGCUCGAGGAGAAUAAAGAUGUCAUGCCCAAUGAGCUACCUAAGCGCUUGCCACCUAGACAUGAGGAGCAUGUGGAACACUUAAGAAAGGUUUUCCAAGUCUUGCAGGAGAACGAGCUAUACGUCAAGAGGGAGAAGUGCGAGUUUGCACAAUCAAAGGUGCACUUCUUGGGACAUGACAUUAGCAUUGGCGAGCUAUGCCUGGAUGAGGCUAAGCUACGGCCUAUGCAAGAGUGGGAGGCGCCUAUAAAGGUGACGGAGUUGAGAUCCUGCCUUGGCUUUGUUAACUACUAUCUCCAGUUUAUCAAUGACUAUUCAGGCAACGCGGCACCAUUGACCGAGUUGCUAAAGAAGAACAAAUCAUGGGUUUGGACGGAGUACUGCUAA